AUGAGUUAAAAAAAGGUUAAGAAAGUAAAAUACAAUGUAAAGAACAAUAAAAAUAGCAAAAACGGGAGCGAUAGCAGUCAAAUUUCUGACUUGCUUUUAAUCAACAAUAUUAAUUUGACCAAUGCUAAUAAUAACACUGAAACGACUGCUGAAACAUUCAAUUUUACUAAAUAAGAAACAAGCAUCUUGCCAAAUAUAAAUAAUAAUGCUAAAGAAAGCGAAACAAAUUCAUAGAAAAAGUUUAAUAAGAUUUUAUUAGAUAUUUCAAUUACUUCAAACAGUCCUUCAUAACUUUAAAAUUAGAAUAACUAAACAAAUUAAUAAAAUGAUGCUUCAUUAGCUAAUGAGCUGAAAAUAGAAUAAAUAUUCACUUCAACUACAAUUAAUAACGAAGUAUCUUUACCUCAGAUUGAGAAAUCAUAAAGACAGUAAUCCAUAAAAAAAUAUGAUAAACAAAUACAGGAAUUAGAUCAAAGCAGAGAAAAGUUAUUAUAUAAGUCAAAAGUGACAGCAGCUAAUACUUCAUAAAAUUUUUUUUUCAACACUUUUUUAAAUUCGAUUAGAGAAGAAGAUGCUUAAUUUGAGUAAAAAUAAUAAGAAGAGGAAUUAUAACUUAAAGAGAGAAAAUAAGUAGAACUAGCUAACUUAUUCAGUGAUCCUGAUUCUAAUUUAAAAACAUAGUUUAAAGUGGAUUAAGCAAUUAAAAUUUUAGAAUAAGCAGCCUCAAAAUAUUAUCAUAAAGAUAAUGUAAAACAAGUAGAAGUAAAGCAAGUCUUUUAUAUGAAGAGAAAUGCUCGUAGUAGCUCUCCUAAAUUGAAAAAACUGCUUCCUCAUCAACUCUAGUAAAUAAAAACUAAAAAUUUUUUAAAUUCAAUAUAAGAGAUUCAACCAAGCUAAGAAUUUAUUAAAUCAGAAGAUAAUAAAAUUUAGAAAUUUAAUAAUGAACCUAAAUUAACUUCGAUUAAAAAGUAAGUUUAAGAUCAAUAAACAAACAGCAGAUAAAAUUAUUUUAUUUCCUCAAAAGAAAACAGUAGUUCACAAUCAAAUAGGAUAGUUAAUUUUAACGAUGACUCUCUUUACUACUUCAAGAAAAUGAUAAUAAGUAAAAAAGAGCUUAAAACGUAAAAAUCUGAUGAUAAUAUAAUAGAUAGAAAAAUCAGCUCAUCUCCUAGUAAUAAUAAACAGCAUACGAAUAAUAAUAAAAUCCCUAAAAUUAAAAUGUUAGCACCUCUUCCUAUAAAAAUAACCUUCACUGAUAAAAAAGACAAUGAUCUACCUUCUCCAAAUGAAUAGCCAUAAUAGGAAAAUUAUAAAAAUGAAUUCGAAUUUGCUAUGAGUGAAGCUGCUAAGUAAAUGAUUAAUAGACCUGUGCUCCAUAAAGUGAAUAGACUGAGAGAGAAAAAGAUAAUAGAUUUGAUUUAGGAGCUAACUUAAAAUGAUAAAGAAGUUAAUUUAUCUGAUAAUAAUCUCACAUCGAUUUGUCUUGACUUAUUAAUGAACAAGUUUAAUUCUCUUUAGGUGAAUCUUGAAGUACUUAAGCUUUCAAAUGUUGGGAUCACAGACGAUUCUAUUAGUAUAAUAUCAUGUGCUCUUCAAUUAAAUUAGCCAUUAAUUGUUUUAGAUUUGUCGAAAAACUCUAUUACUAAUAUUGGGUGUUUGGAGAUAAAAUUUAUUAUUUAAUCAAAUAUCAAUUUGAAAGAGCUUUAUCUUAGUUGGAAUAAAUUUAAUUCUGAUGGGGCUUCUUAGAUUUUAGAUAGCAUCUAAGCAAAAAAUUCCUUAAAAGUUUUAGAUCUCUCAAACAACUCUUUGGGAAAUGGUACUUAAGCAAGCAUAAGAAAAUUUUUGAUUUCAUUUGAUAGAUUAAUGAAAUUAGAGUAAGAAGAUGGGUUAGUUCAUUUAGAUUUAAGAGUUAAUUAGAUAAAAAAGGAGCAGCUUAUUGAAAUGGCUCGAAGUAUUUAAUAUAAUUAAUCAAUUCCGUGCAUUCAUCUCUCAUAUGGUCAUGAGUGCUACAUGGAUUCGUGCAAUAACUUAAAAAUUUAUUCAUAGGAUCAACAAGUUUAACUGCCAGAAUACUCAGAAUUUCUUCCCAUCUAUCCAAUCAAUUAUAAAAGACCGUUUAGAGCUAAAAAAAAUAAUUUAUUUGAAAAUUUUGUAAUGGCGGAGUCAGAGAACUGCUGGAUUUGUGAAGGAUGGAUUGAACACGAGUUUGAACUGAAUUUGAAUGUUUAUAACCUUUUAAAUUUCUACCGAGAAGAAUAAAAUCUCUACUUACAUUUAGAAAUAGACGAGUUUGUCCCAUGUAAAAUGCUGUAAAGUUAAAUUUAAUAAGGAAUGUUUUCUAUCUAAAGAAUGAUUCCACCAUAGACAUCUCUCAAGUAUUAUUUUUCAUUUGAUGGAAGGACUGACAUAAUUUUAAGUUAAGAAACAGAAAUAAUUAAAGGAAACUUUAUUUAAGCUAUGAACAUUUAAAAUUAAAACGACAAGGCCUCAGAGUAGUUAGAAGAAUAAAACUAAAAUAAUAAUUUGAGAGACUUUAUGAAAAUUGAAAAUGGUAUUUUGCUUAUGAAUUAAUUUAACUUAAUCAAGACAGGUGAUCCUCAACCAUAUUUAAAUUAAUAAUAUCAAACUUUAGUUAGCUCUCUACCCAGAUAAAAUAUAUUUCUUUAAUAAAAGGAUUCAAGAGAAGAAAUACUGCUGAAAGAGCUAGAAUAAUCUUAGCUUAUCUUAGAAAAAAAUAAAAGCAAUCGCAUUUCUAAAAAAAUUGUAAAAAUUAAAAACUGA